GGGCAGUGUGUGUGUGUGUUGCUGUAGGGUCGGGGUUGCUCAUGCUAGAAAGAGAGAGAGAGAGAGAGAGAGAGAGAAGGAGAGACUUGCAGAUCUGGCUGUAUUUACAGAUCAGUUGUCAGAAAAGCCAUUUAGAGGGAACACGUACGUCCCAGCGCAAUGACAGCAGAAGUGCCUGUUAAAAAGAAAAAGACAAGAAAAACAGACACUGAUGGAGAGAGCGAGUGCCGUGAUCUGAGGUCGUCGACUAAAUAACUUGCUUUUGUAUGAAAUACAGUCAGAAGAUACUUACACCGCUUUGCUUUUGGAAAUAAAGCUACGGGCCCCGAGAGGCUGUGCGUUACAGUAAUUUUACCGCAAAAUUGCCUCAAACUUUCUUACACGUGCUAAAAUCAUUCAAGUCUUUUUUCAUUCAUAAACUUCACAACUACAUGCUUAUUGUCAUUUUACAGUGACUUCGAACGUGGCUCAUCCAGUCAGAACUAACCGUUUUGUAAAAUACAUUUCAAGUUAGCAUAUUUUCUGUCAUCCUUUUUUAAUUAGGCUACAAAUCAAAAACAUAUCAUGAUAGCUGUGUAAAAAGUGACAGAAACUUGUUAAACCUGUCUCAGUCAGUGUUUUGUUUGAAGUAUUUAUUUUACUGUUUGUUUAAUUUCGCUCAAACACUGUCAAUUUGCUUUCGUGCUAAUGGUAUUAGCGGUUGGUCCAGGAUAACGUGUCCGGCUGGAACGUUUUUUAUUCUACUCACAGCUGUAAGCAAAUUAAGCCAAAUUGGGACUUUUAUAACUUGUUAUAGAGAAAAAUAGUUUGAUGUAAAACUGGAGCAUUAUUCAAUACAUUGUGAAACAUUGUCUAAGCAUUAUAGUCAUUUGAGUAUUGGUUAGCAUUAUACUAUUCUAGUAAAAGGAAAGUUAUUAUCAUAGGAAGUCAUUAAAGAUUACAAAGACUUUAAAAAAAAAAUAAUGACAUGCUAAGUAAUAUGCGAAAGCAAAUAUGGUCAAUUCUGAUUUCGUGUCAACUUUAACAACACCAGACAAGUUUCCUUAUUCAGCAGGUCAAUGCUUCUGUGUUGAUCAAUCAAUCUUUGCAUGAAUGAAUUGAGAGGCAACACACAGCACCUCUCGUUUGUAUGGAGGAGGGUACAAGUAUCCCUAACACACACACACACAUGGCUCAUCCUCCCAUUUGAAUCCAGUAGCAGGUCCCUGCUCUCAUUCCACAUUAUUUCCCCUGUUCCGUCGACACACCUCGUAUUUAAAGAAUGAUUGUUUUUUAGCUCACCCUUGAAACCUUCCACUUACCAUAAUGUGCAGUUUGAGGCUGUCCGGCCUGUGAUAUUAAUUUGAGGCUUAGUCUUAAAUUCUUCUGUCUGAGUGACUCGUCUCAGAGAGAGAGAGAGGGCUGUCAUUAGAUGUGACAGAGGGUCCGGGCGGGCAACAACCCCAGCAUUAAUACUGCAAUGUGAAAAGUGCCCCACAACUAGGAGCAAAACUUGAAAUUCCUCGCUGAAGAAUAGCCCAAAGCCGUCAAAUCUGGCAGACUUGUGUCAAUUACUCAGAAAAAAGAUUUUUUCCCUCCUUUCUGUUGCCUCUUUUUAUAUUUUUAUUUUUAAAUUUGAAAAGAAGUAUACAUAUAAAUAUGUAUUUAUUAUUUUAUAUCUAUUAGUGUCGCAAAAAUUAAAUUGCAAUAAAAUUGCAAAGAAUUGCAAAAAUAAUGAUUGUUUUCCAACAGGUUUCCUUUCCCCUAGACUGCUAUUGGGUUAGUUGAACAGAUAGCCCCACCCCAAACUCAUGCCAUUGGUUGAGCUAAUCAGGCUGGGUUGUAGUCUCAAAAAGUAAAAUUUUUAUUUAGUUAAAAAAGUGAAAGAUUUCCGCUUGUGUGUGGUAACCAGUUUCAGUGGACUGAGAAGAGUUUGUGGCACAUUAUUACUGUCAGCUGCAGGCACUCACUCUAUCGCUCUCUCUCUCUCUCUCUCUCUCUCUCUCUCUCUCUCUCUACGGGUCUCACUUUAACGGCCUGAGCUCACUGUGACUGACCAGUCUAACUUUCUCCGCUCCGUCUCGCUCAGCCUCGUACGGCGGGAGAUCAGCUUAAGUGGCCCUUUUUUCUCUCGCUCUCUAUCUUUCUUUCUUUCCAUCUCACUCUCCUGGGCCUGUUUUUCCACAGUGGCUGUGGGGAGCAGAGGGUGUUGAAGGACCCCUACUGGUAAAGUGGGUAAACACGCGCAGCCCUGACAUCUGUGCUGCGAGAGAGAGCGAGAGAGAGAGGGAGAGAGAGAGGGAGAGGAGAAGGGUAGAGUGAGAGAGGGCGAGUGCAGCCCAGCCGUAAAGGCGCACAGGGAGAGAAGAGAAAAAUGCCUUGCUUUGUGGAGAGAAUUCCUCCAAAGCAGCAGGGAGAGGUGAGACAGAGAGAGGAGGGCUGUCUCCUGCCAGCUGAGAGGAGUUUAUGCACUGAAAAGACCUCAGGAAAAUCCACGAUGGCCGCCAAAAGGAAAGGUGGCCUAAAGCUGAAUGCGAUCUGUGCCAAGCUUAGCAAGCAGGUGGUGUAUGACGGCAGUUCCCAGAAUGCAGAGGGAGACUCAGAUUUAGUGGACAACAGCGAGCGGGGCAGCUUGCACUAUGAUGAGGGCGACAGGCCUGAAAGCGACUUCCCAGAGGGCCUGACCCUGGGCCAGAGCCUUGAGGAGGACCAGAAACGGCGCGAGGCCAUUGAGAAGUGGGUGAAUGGCGAGUAUGCUGACGAUCCACAGUCUUUAGACAGGGGCGAGCACAGGGGACUCAAACCCAACAAUGGAGACGAUUGUCCCCCUGAAGGCGUCUAUAUGGUACAGCCCAAAGGCUGCAGCGAUGAAGAAGACAACGCAGAAGAAGCUGACACCAUGCCCGGCUCCCAUGAGGGCAGUUAUCAUGAGGACAGGGACUCGGAGGGCAGCCCACACAAGGACGACAGCUACCACCCCACCACUGAAGCCCCUCCUCGCCAAGCCCCCUUCUCCUCACCAGGAGAGGCCUCCGCACUAACUGAUUUCGCCGCCAACACCAUGAAUGAGUUCUUACACAUGUUCGGCUAUGAAGACCAGCAGGGUCGGGAUGAGCUGGCCAAGAAGAUUAGCUUUGAAAAACUGAAAGCAGCUACCUCAGAUCCCUCCUCCCUGAGCAGCGAGGAGGCCACCCGUCGAGCUCGCUUCUCCAAGUACGAGGAGUACAUCCGCAAGCUGAAGGCCGGGGAGACCCUGCACACCAAGCCCGAAGAGCUCAAUUCCAAAAUGGAGAAGAGCACUGCCCUCAUCCAGCCGGCCCUCGCAGGGUCAGAUGCUCAGAUAUUUCCACCUGGAAUGGACCACAAACAAAGCUUGCUCCACCCACCCCCAACCAAUCCAUCACACAUCCAGAACCUGGCGUCCCGUGCCUCCAAGUACGAUUACUUUAUCCAGAAGCUGAAGAUGGGCGAGAGUCUCAGACAGCAGAACGGCAAUUCCUACAAGCGGCCCUCCAAGUACGACUUGGAGAACGUCAAGUUCCUGCACCUCUAUAAGCCCGGGGAGGGCAACCCUGACAUGGGCGGUGCCAUUGCAUUUAAGACCGGCAAGGUCGGCAGGCCGUCAAAGUACGAUAUACGAAACAUUCAGAAGCUCAUCCCUGGGAAGGUUGAUCCUCCAAUGAUGCCGAGCGUUCUCCCAGCUACGUCAGGAACCCCAGGAACACCAGUCAUCAAUACAGCUGCUCCCGCGGGGGUCGUGGGACCUCCCGGUUUGCCCGUAGACCAGGCGGGCCACCUCGGCUUUAACACUGACUUCAUGAAGUCCAGCUUCUCCAAGACUGACUCCAUCACUACUGGAACCGUCUCCUCAGUCAAGAAUGGCCUUCCUCCCGAGAAACCUGCCACAGAGGAUGUCAAUGUGUACCAGAAAUAUAUCGCCAGGUUCUCUGGGAGCCAACACUGUGGCCAUGUGCACUGUGCUUACCAGUACAGAGAGCAUUAUCACUGCAUGGACCCUGAAUGUAACUAUCAGAGAUUCACCAGUAAGCAGGAUGUGAUAAGGCAUUAUAACAUGCAUAAGAAGCGGGACAACUCCCUGCAGCAUGGGUUCAUGCGCUUCAGCCCUUUGGAUGACUGCAGUGUAUACUACCACGGCUGCCAUCUCAACGGCAAGAGUACCCACUACCACUGCAUGCAGGUGGGCUGCAACAAGGUGUACACAAGCACUUCUGAUGUCAUGACUCAUGAGAACUUCCAUAAGAAAAAUGCACAGCUGAUCAACGAUGGCUUCCAGAGGUUCCGGGCCACUGAGGAUUGUGGGACGGUUGGGUGCCAGUUCUACGGGCAGAAGACCACCCACUUCCACUGCAGACGCCCAGGCUGUACCUUCACCUUCAAGAACAAGUGUGACAUCGAGAAGCACAAGAGCUAUCACAUCAAAGAUGACGCUUACGCCAAGGACGGCUUUAAGAAGUUUUACAAAUACGAGGAGUGCAAGUACGAAGGCUGUGUCUACAGCAAGGCCACCAACCAUUUCCACUGCAUACGCCAAGGCUGCGGCUUCACCUUUACCUCCACCAGCCAGAUGACCUCUCAUAAGCGCAAGCAUGAGCGCCGCCACAUUCGCUCCUCGGGCGUGCUGGGCCUCAGUUCCUCCUUCCUGUUGCCCAAAGAGGAGCUGGAAGAGUCCAGCAAUGAUGACCUCAUGGACUACUCAGCCAUUAGCAGCAAGAACUCCAGCUUAAGUGCUUCUCCGACAACCCAGCAGUCCUCCACCAUACCGCACAUGCUGCCCACUCCCACCACCACCAUGUCCUCCAGCCACAGCGUCAAGCCCACUGCCGCUCUGCCUCCAGCCAGCCGUAUUUCCACCCUGCUGUCCCAGGCUCUACCCAGCAACAUGCCCAUGGCCCUAGCACUUUCCAACAGCACACUGGCAGGUGCUUCCAAUCCCUUCUUCCCCCUCAUUCCCAGAAUGCCCAUGUCGCUCACGCCCUCUACCGCCAGUCUGAUCUCUGCCGUCACCUCCGGUGGUCACUCAAUGCCCAGCGAUUCUCUACCCCAGACCUCCACCCCGACUGGGGACCCAGCCGCUGCGACCGUAGCAUCCACACCAACUUCUUUUGCUGCAUCAUCCAUUAUGGAGAAGAUGUCGGCCAGCAAGGGUCUGAUAUCGCCCAUGAUGGCCCGACUGGCAGCCGCUGCCCUGAAGCCCUCCAGUAACCCGGAUGCAGGGAUGGGGCAGCCGGCUCAGGCAGGCCGGUUUAAUCUGGUCGAGGUGAAGCAGGAGCCGGUCGACAGCGCCUCCGCGGCCUCCCAGGAGUCCGUCCAGGAGCACAGCCUGGACCUAAGCAAGAAAGACCACAGCGCUGAAUCAAACGGACACCCUGCGCCGGGAAAUACAUCUCUUUUAUCCUCACUUAUGAAUAAGAUAAAUCCUGGUUUCUUCAGUGCUUUGGAUCUGAAGUCAGAGCUGGAGGGAGCUCAGGCGGCAGACGGCUCAGACGCAGCUCAGUAUCUCAGUAGGGUAAUGAAGAGGUCAAACCCAGAGAAACACAAUGAGCAGUGGAGGGCCUACCUGCGCAGGUAUGACACUGACGUUUGUGAAGCCCAGUGUGAUUUCUUGCACAAGAUACAUUUUCAUUGCCUGGUGGAAGAUUGUGGGGCGCUUUUCAGCACGGUGGAUGGAGCCAUCAAACACGCCAACUUCCACUUCAGAGCCAACCUGAAGGUUAAAUCAGAGCCCCCUUUCAACGAGAGCAAGGAAUCCAAUGAUAGCGCCCCUAAUCAAAUGGCUGCCCCCAUUUCCAUGGCCAAGACGCCUCCCAUGGAGGUGCCCAGUCUGGCUGUGUCAGGGGGCUACAGCUCUUCCCCUUCUUUCCAAGCCUGGAAGCAGCUGGCCGGAUCGAUCCCCCAACUUCCCGCCUCCAUGCCCAGUAUGCCAGCCACUUCCCCUCUGGCCACCACCUCGCUGGAAAACGCCAAGCCUCAGGUCAAGCCUGGCUUCCUGCAGUUUCAGGAGAAUGAUCCUUGUCUGGCCACAGACUGCAAAUACUCGAAUAAGUUCCACUUCCACUGUCUGUUUGGAAAUUGCAAAUAUGUGUGUAAGACAUCCGGGAAGGCUGAAUCACAUUGCCUGGACCACAUUAACCCCAACAACAACCUGGUGAAUGUGCGAGACCAGUUCUCCUACUAUUCUCUGCAGUGUCUUUGUCCUAACCAGCACUGUGAGUUUCGCAUGAGGGGCCAUUAUCAUUGUCUGAGACCCGGCUGUUUCUUCGUCACCAACAUCACCACCAAACUUCCCUGGCACGUCAAGAAGCACGAGAAAGCUGAAAGGCGUGCUGCUAACGGCUUCAAAUACUUCACCAAGAGAGAAGAAUGUGGCAGACUAGGGUGCAAAUACAACCAAGUUAACAGCCACUUCCAUUGUAUCCGUGAGGGCUGUCAGUUCUCCUUCCUGCUCAAGCACCAGAUGACCUCCCAUGCCCGCAAACACAUGAGGAGGAUGCUGGGUAAAAACUUCGACAGAGUUCCUUCCCAGAUGGUCUCUCAUGGCAACCGACCUGAAGAGAUGCAGCACAUGGCCAGUCUAGCUUCGUCCGGUGUGGUAGGCAGCCACUCUAAUCUGACUCACAACUUCUCCAGCAUGAUGGAGGAAAAUGAUGACUACAUGGACUACACCUGUGGAGGAAGCCCACUGGGUCUCUCCUCAGAGUCCUCCAACCAAGACCGCAGUUGCACCAGCACCCCCGUGGGCAAUGAUAGUUCGCCAGCAGGACCAGGCUGUCAGGUCCCUGCCACCACUACCUCUGCUGACUCUCCUCCUUCUUCUCAAUCUGCACCUCCUCCUCCUCCACCUCCUCUUCCACCUCUUCAUCAGCCUGCGUUCCAGAGUCAGCCUCCAUCUCUCUCCUCGGCUCUUCUCCGGCCACCACUCCCCUCGCUCCCAUAUCUCCUCUCCCCAUCCUGUCUGUCAUACUCUCUGCUCAGCGCCUCUCUCGGAGCCACUAGGAGUGUUGUCAUGCCAACCAACACACCAGCUUUCAGCCCCAUCAUUCCUACUUCGUCUUCGGUUAAAAAUGACGUCCCUAUAGUGCAGGACGCUGCAGGUAACACCAUCUCUAUUCCGACGGCAACUGGCGCCAAGAAACGCUUCUGGAUCAUCGAGGAUAUGUCACCCUUCGGCAAGCGCCGCAAGACCGCUUCGUCUCGCAAGAUGCUGGAUGAAGGCAUGAUGCUGGAAGGGUUCCGCCGCUACGACCUCUAUGAGGACUGCAAGGAUACGGCCUGUCAAUUCUCCCUGAAGGUAACCCACUAUCACUGCACACGGGAGAACUGCGGCUACAAGUUCUGCGGCCGCACCCACAUGUACAAGCACGCCCAGCACCACGACCGUGUGGACAACCUGGUCCUGGAUGAUUUCAAGCGCUUCAAGUCUUCGUUGUGCUGCAACUUCCCCGAUUGCCAGUUCUCCGGCAACAGCACCCACUUCCACUGCCUGCGCUGCGGCUUCCGCUGCACAGACAGCACCAAGGUGACGGCGCACCGCAAGCACCACGGCAAGCAGGAUGUGAUCAGCGCUGCCGGAUUCUGCCAGUUCAGCUCCAGCGUGGACUGCGAGGUGGCUGACUGCAAGUACAAGCUCAAGUGUUCGCACUUCCACUGCACUUACCCAGAGUGCAAGCACACGGUGGUGGGCAUGUCACAGAUGGAUUCCCACAAGCGCAAGCAUGAGAAGCAAGAGAGGGGAGAGCUGCCUUCUGUCUCCCCCAACCAGGAUGGCAACCACCACCACCACCACCACCACCACCAUGCAGGCCUAGCCGUGCCCCCAAUGCCCAUGAAUAUGCCCCCGACCUCACCCGGCACACCGGGGCUGACCCACAACAACAUGGCCAUGUACCUCCCUUCGGCAGGGGCCGCCGGUGAGUACGAGCAUCCGGGCUCAGCAGUCAACCUCGACAGCUCUCUGAACCUGGGGACAGACACCAACAGCUCCUUGUUCUUCCUGAAAAACGCUGCUGGGUUGGGCCUCAGUGACUCUAUGGACCUGAGCAGAAAGAUGCACCGGCAGCCGCUGUCCCUGGCCACCAGUUCUAGCCCUGCUGCUUCAAUGGGCCUGAGCAACCCUCAGGACGACACUACCGGCACAUCCGGCGACCCCGAAGACGACCUGUCAGCUGAGGAAGAGCCGAUAGCCGAGGAGGAUGACGACGACGACGACGACGACGAUGAAGAGGAGGAAGCGGAGGAGGACAUGAAUACAGACUCGUAUGAAGAUUCCAUGCCAGAGCCAGAAGUAGACAAAGACAAUGGAGAGAGUUUUGAUGCUUCCAUGAACCACGCUGAGACUUCCCAACUGGAUAAAGAGGAGCCGGAGGCUGAGCCCUAAUCUAUGCUGUAGGAGAACUAUGAAUUCCCUGAACAAACGCAAGUUUGAGUGGCCUCAUUUAUCAUGCUUAGAGACGCGGCAGAUGACAAGAAAACAACCAACUACAAGAAAAGUGAAGGCCCAAAAUGAUUUAUUAUGAUGUUUACAAGAUGACCAACAUUAUUAAUUUAAUUAUGCAUUAAAAAAUGAACAGAGAAAUAGACAGACGAGGCCCUCUUUUACACAUGGGUGGCUAUGUAAACCUUUUCCUACACAUCAGUCUUUUGUGUGUGUGCAUGUUUGACUUUAAUUUAUUCGAUUUCAUUUGUUACUUUCUGUGUGUGGAAAAAAAAAUAAGGAAAAAACAAUCUCUCUAUAUAUGACUAUCUAUAUAAAAUAGAUGUGUGGAUGUUAAUGUACAUUUUAAUUGCAGUCACUGGAUUGCAGGACCCUCUUACCAACCCGAAACAGACGAAAGCGUACAUUGCAGGAAAUCUUUUAUAAAGAAUGUUGCUCAAAUAAUUGAUUCAGAAACACCUUGUGUCAUUAUUAUUAUUAUUAUUGUUAUUGAAGUGCAGGGGCCUGCAUCAGUGCUUUGACUUGUAUGCUUCUCCGUUGAUCAGUUGAUUUUUAUUUUAUUAUUAUUAUUUUUAUUUACAGUUAUCACAGUUCUCACUUAAACCUGCUGUCAUGGUCAGUGGUGUCAUAGGCUCCAUUCCAUGUGGACAUUCGCCUGCAUCUUCAGGACAAACAAACAGUGACUGCAAAGCUUCAGGCCAUAAAGCAUUGAUCUCAGUGAACGCUAGCUCUCACUUGAUUUCUGUUCCUUCUCCUUUUCUCAAUGAGGACCCAUUUGGCAUCGCAUAUUCAUAGUGCACUUUUGUAUAGAUGAGAGCAGAUACUCAAGCCUCUAUUUAAGACAUUUUGUUAUCUUUUACAUUGAUUGCAUUACUAUGGCUUUUUGUUUGUUUGUUUUUGCAUUAUUCUCUAAUUGCACAGGCAUGACCAGAUGAUGUGGGGGUGUCUCACUCUAAAUGGGUCUGUUUCAAAGGCGAGAGUCAUCGCCCCCUGUGUUUCGGAGAGUUUGUAAUGUGAUGGUGCUACUGCCCAGUAUGAAUGGGAGGAGAUUACAGCUAUGUCUUUGUUUUGAUCCACAAAUAGAUGUCCUAAAGUGUCCAUCAAACACAGAGCAGGAGACAAACGUCUCUGAAUGUAGGGAAAAGAUGUUUGUAGGUGUUAUUUUUCUUUCCUUUUCCCUUUGCAGUUUCUGUAGCAUGGAGAAAAAAAAAACAAAAAAAAAAACAAAAAAAACAAUAGUUGCAACAAAGUCUGAGGAUGGAGACUGGCUUUUUCAAGCUUCUUUUUUCAGAAGCAUCAUAUAUCUAUUUCUAAAAGAAGAGGAAACGUGGAGAGAGACUUUUUUCUAGAGGGCUGAAUGGAGGACAGACAUCACAAAAGCACCACGAUAAAUGCUAACGCUGGUGAUGGAAAGUGUGUGAUUUUAUGAAUUGUACAGACAGAAAACAAUGUUUCAAGCUUUUGUUUUCUCUUUACAACAGCUGUGGUUUCGCUCCAAUAAUAAGAAGUUAUUUAAUAUUUAUGUGACCUUGCAAUGAGAAAAUUCUAGGGUGUUUUUGCACUUUUUAGGUUCAUUUUUACCUUUUGAAAUUAUGGCAUAUAUCUUUUAACAGGGAAUUUGCUUUACAAUGUUGUUUAGUUCACUUUGCUUUGAUGCACAAAUAGUCUUCAGUGUGACGAAGAACUGUUGUUCUGUGUUUUAAUUAAGAAAAAAAGGAAAAAAAAAAAAGUUUUUUCUUCGCUUCCAAGAUUGGAUGAUUUCAAUAUAAAACAGGCAUGCUAGAACCUGGCUUGUCUAACGAGUAACACUAAUGAUGACUGUAAUUUAAAUGAAUUCUAUACAGAGGAAAUUAUUGCAGUGCUUCACUCCAAAUUAAAAAAAAAAAAAAAAAAAGAAAAAGAGAGAGAGAAAAAUGAUUUUUGUUUGCUUGGCCUCCAUUGAAUAUAAACAAGGAAAAGUGAGGCGAGGAAAUUAUGAAUUAUUUCCUAAACACGGCUUUGAUCAUAAUAUAGGCAACUAAAUGUGUAGAUGGUUAUCUUCGACAAUAUUGUUUCAGGAGGAAAAAAAAGGUUGUAUAGUAUUUUCUUCUGUAAAAACUAUAUAUGAACAAAAAUGCUCUUUGAUUAAAAGCUUCCUUUAAAAAGAAAAUAAAAAGGAGAAAUAAAGAAUAAAAAGUUAAAAACUGAACUAACACCAGUAUAGUUUGCUUGUAUGUGUGUGUGUGUGUGUGCGACAGUAUGUAAGCGUGUGUGUGAGGUUUUAUUGUUAUUACCAUGGUUUCCCCAUAGUGGUAGAGGAAUUAGUGGUAAUUAAAUCUAUACGAGUCACAUUAUUGUAGCACUGAACAUUGGAGUGUAUUUCUACCUUUUACGCAACAAAGUCAUCAUUUUCAAAGCUGUAUAUCACGUGCGAUCACAAUAACAAUGAUAUCUGCAUAAUUUAAUACCAUCCACAACUCUUUGUUUGCUAUUGUUUUGGUGUUUGUUUUAUUUAAUUGAACUUAUGUAUUUUGCAUAUGGCAUGCCCCUCUCACAGGCCGUUUGUUCUCUGGUCUCAAGUGCAAAGGCGCAGGACUCACACUGAAGCAGCUGUUUGCCUGGGAGAUACUGUGCACUUGAAUACAUUUUAUGUGUGUAAAAUAGCAGGAUUUGUAAAGAGUCGAAAUAAAGAAAUUCUAAUUAUUAUAACAAUGCAAA